AUGCAGGUUUCUCUGUCAGCUGAAGAAAAAUCCGGCAGGCCCUGGAACUGGCAGACUCGGAUAAGCUGGCAGGAGAAAAGGGAUGCAGGAGGAAGACUGUGGCCGUGGCAACGAGAAGCAGGCCAGCCAUGCUUUCCUGGGCCCCAGAGAAGUGCCGCAGGCGCUGAAGAAAGGCAGGCGGCACGCACCAAGAAGCAUCAAGUGGGUCACCAGCCCUUCUCCAGGGAAGCCACCUUGCGAUGGUCCAGAGAGUCUAAUUCCACUGCAGCUUUGGUGAUGGAGCUGAAGGUCUGGGUUGAUGGUAUCCAGCGGGUUGUGUGUGGCGUCUCAGAUCAGACCACAUGCCAGGAGGUGGUCAUAGCAUUGGCACGGGCUAUUGGCCAGACAGGAAGGUACAUUCUCAUCCAGAAGCUGCGGGAGAAGGAGAGGCAGCUUCUACCGCACGAAUGCCCUCUGGAGUCACUGGCCAAGUGUGGACAGUAUGCCAACGACGUGCAGUUCAUAUUGCAGCGGACGGGCCCCAGCCUGGCCGAGCGCCCUUCCUCUGACAGUGCCCCCCAGGCUCCCGAGAGGACAUUCAUCCGGGCCAGCCUUCCCAUCAAACCCAGGCCGGUCAGCACAGAGGUGCCCAGGUCCCGGGAGCCUAAAAAGUCUAUGACCUUUAACUUGGGCCCUAUGGGCUCCAGCGAUCGGCUCGCCAAGAGCAAGCUGAGACUGCACAAGAGGGACAGUGUAGACUCGAAGGACAGCACCAGUCGCAGCCAUCCAUCCAAGGAGGAGCUGUUUAAGACUGUGCUGCACCAGCAGGAGCAGCUGCACUCCUUGGAGGUGCACGGGGAUUCCCUGGAAACGGACCUCAGGCACUGGGAGCAGGACAGGGGCUCCAGCCAGGAAAACGAGAUCAUUUAUCUGGAGCACCUGAUCAGGCGGAAUGAGAUGGAGCUGGGUGAAGAGGAGUUCUGGCAGAGCGAGCUCCACCUGGAGAAGGAGUGCGAGAGGGAGCGGCAGGAGAAGGUGAGGAGCCUGCGGGCCACCAUGGAGGAGUACACUCAGAAAAUCCACGAGCUGACCACCAAGACGGAGGUCCUGGAGAAGGAGAUCCAGUUAGAGAUCACAGAGAGGGCCAGGCGGGCGAAAGAGGCUCCUGCAGAUCUGGAGGACAUGGCUGCCAAAAUGAAAAGGGAUCUGGAAGCCAAGGCCAAGCAGAGCGCCCAGCUGGAGAGCAGCCUGGCGAGCGUGGGGAAGGCCUUGGAAGAAGCGGAAAGGAAUUUGCAGGCCCAGAAUCAAGAGCUGGAGGAGUUAAAUAAGGAGCUGAGGCAAUGUAAUUUGCAGCAGUUUAUUCAGCAGACGGGAGCCACAGUGACUGUUUUGCAGUCCAGACCUGAGGAUGAACCCCAGCUGGAUCAAACUAACCACGAACUGCCAGCCUGCCAGAGAAACGGAGGCCUUCUCCAUCCCAGCACAGACUCUCCUCCUCGACCAAGCGCCAAGCAGUUCCUCGGCCAUCCACGGAACCUUCAGAACCCACUGGUGUCCAGCCUGAACCCCGAGGUCGUGUCAACAAGGCAGAGCAUCUGGAGGUAG